AUGGCUCUGGACGCCGCUUCCCUCGCUUUCGUCCCUGUCGCCUCGCCCAUUGCCACAAGCACCCCCAGUCACGCGAGCACAUCGGCUCCAAGAAGGAUCGGCAGCACCGCCAGCGUUGCGGCGACGGCUUUGGCAGUGGGUGCCGUGAUUGGGCGCGGCAGCGUGGCGCGCCGCGCCACCGCAGUGAAGAAGAAGGGCGUGCGUGUCGUGGAGGGCAAGGAGAUCCCCUGGAACCUCUUCAGCCCGAAGGCGCCUUACAAAGGCAGCUGCGUGAGCAAGGAGACUAUCACCACCAAGACUGCGUUGGUGAACUGGGAGACCUGCCAUGUGAUCAUGGACCACGGAGGCAGCGUCCCAUACAUUGAGGGCCAGUCUAUUGGUGUCAUCGCCCCUGGCCCGGACAAGAAGGGUGAGACGCCCGCCAAGAUCAGGUUGUACUCCAUCGCAUCGUCGUCCCCGGGAGACGACGAGAGCAACAAGACGGUGUCCUUGGUGGUGAAGAGGGUGGUGGAGGUGUCAGGCAAGGGCUGGUGCGAGUACUCCAACGUGCCACAGGGCCAGGAUGCAGAGUUCCCGGAUGCGGAGAAGGUGUACCGUGGGGUGUGCUCCAGCCACAUUUGUGACAUGAACGCAGGAGACGACGUGAUGAUCACAGGCCCGACCGGGGCGGAGAUGCUUUUGCCUGAAGACCCGGAGGCCAACAUGAUUUUCAUGGCCACCGGAACAGGCAUCGCGCCCUUCCGGUCGCACUUGCGGCACCUCUUCCAUGACAAGGUCUCCAAGGGCAACUUCAAGGGUGUGGCUUGGCUCUUCCUGGGCGUGCCUUACAGCGAGUCCCUGCUCUACGACGAGGAGUGGAAGGAGAUGCAGGCAGAGUUCCCGGACCAGUUCCGCUAUGACUACGCCGUCUCUUGCGAGGAGAAGUGCGAGAAGAACAAGAUCAACGGCGAGAUGUGGGUCCAGCACAAGAUGAUGCAGUACUCCGACGAAUUGUGGCAGCUGGUUAAGGACCCCAAGACGCACGUCUACAUGUGCGGCCUCAAGGGUAUGGAGAGCGGCUUUGCCGAGUGCUUCCAGGAGCGGGUGGAGGCGGAAGGCAUGGUCUACGCCGAGUUCUUGAAGCAGAUGAAGAAGGCCAAGCGCCGCCUGGCGGCAUCAGUGGCAGGCAAGCUGGUUGAAACAAGGAUUGGUGGCACCGCCAGCGUUGCGGCGACGGCUUUGGCAGUGGGUGCCGUAGUUGGGCGCGGCAGCGUGGCGCGCCGCGCCACCGCGGUGAAGAAGAAGGGCGUGCGCGUCGUGGAGGGCAAGGAGAUCCCCUGGAACCUCUUCAGCCCGAAGGCGCCUUACAAAGGCAGCUGCGUGAGCAAGGAGACUAUCACCACCAAGACUGCGUUGGUGAACUGGGAGACCUGCCAUGUGAUCAUGGACCACGGAGGCAGCGUCCCAUACAUUGAGGGCCAGUCUAUUGGUGUCAUCGCCCCUGGCCCGGACAAGAAGGGUGAGACGCCCGCCAAGAUCAGGUUGUACUCCAUCGCAUCGUCGUCCCCGGGAGACGACGAGAGCAACAAGACGGUGUCCUUGGUGGUGAAGAGGGUGGUGGAGGUGUCAGGCAAGGGCUGGUGCGAGUACUCCAACGUGCCACAGGGCCAGGAUGCAGAGUUCCCGGAUGCGGAGAAGGUGUACCGUGGGGUGUGCUCCAGCCACAUUUGUGACAUGAACGCAGGAGACGACGUGAUGAUCACAGGCCCGACCGGGGCGGAGAUGCUUUUGCCCGAAGACCCGGAGGCCAACAUGAUUUUCAUGGCCACCGGAACAGGCAUCGCGCCCUUCCGGUCGCACUUGCGGCACCUCUUCCAUGACAAGGUCUCCAAGGGCAACUUCAAGGGUGUGGGUUGGCUCUUCCUGGGCGUGCCUUACAGCGAGUCCCUGCUCUACGACGAGGAGUGGAAGGAGAUGCAGGCAGAGUUCCCGGACCAGUUCCGCUAUGACUACGCCGUCUCUUGCGAGGAGAAGUGCGAGAAGAACAAGAUCAACGGCGAGAUGUGGGUCCAGCACAAGAUGAUGCAGUACUCCGACGAAUUGUGGGAGCUGGUCAAGGACCCCAAGACGCACGUCUACAUGUGCGGCCUCAAGGGUAUGGAAAGCGGCUUUGCCGAGUGCUUCCAGGAGCGGGUGGAGGCGGAGGGCAUGGUCUACGCCGAGUUCUUGAAGACGAUGAAGAAGGCCAAGCGUUACCAUGUCGAGGUCUACUGA